UACAUCUAUAUCUAUAUUGCAUCAUAGUGUAUCUAUCUUCACUCACAUUCAAAUGUCUAAUUAUCAAGGGGUUGCUAGGGAAGAUCCAAAUGUUAAUGAUAAUGAAACUCUUAUGAGAGACAUACACGCCUUAACCCCGUCAUCCAUCCUUCCUCCACCGGUUCACCAUCCAUUACAAUCAUACUUAUCCAUGGCUACAAGUGAUCAUGCGUCUCGUGAUGAUUUUUCAGUUACGAGUUUCAAUAAUAGUACUUUGGUGGUGGCGGGAUCAGUGGUAGAGACUGUUGGAGUCGAAAAUGAUGACCGUGUGAUCAUUGGAGGAGGAUAUGAUCGAGUUGAUGGUGUGUUGCAUCCUUCUUUGUCUAGUAGCAAUGUGAGGGAGGUGGGGGUGCCAGUGACAAGUGUGAAGAAAGAGGAGGUUGAAUCGAAGAUAAGUGCAUGGAAGAACGCUAAGAUCGCAGAGAUUACAAAUAGAUUCAAGUGUGAAGAUGCGAUCAUUAAAGGGUGGGAGAGCGAGCAAGUUCAGAAGGCGACUUUAAAGAUGAAGCAAGCCGAAAGGAAACUAGAGGAGAAGAAAGCGAGAGCGAUGGAAAAGAUGGAAAACGAGAUAGCUAAAGCGCACCGCAAAGCCGAGGAAAGGAGAGCAUCGGCUGAGUCAAUUAGGGGAACCAAGACGGCUAGGGUUCUUGAAGUGGCUAACUUGAUGAAAGUUGUUGGAAGAGCUCCUGUUAAGAGCUUCUUUUAGGACUAUAAUUAUUGAUUUUAAAAGGGUUUGCUUGAAAGUGUGUUAUAAGGACCCAAACCAAGCUUCUUCACUUUUUUGAGUUGAGGGUGCCCUAUAUGAAUUGGGCUAUUUGUAGUUCUGUCUUGUAAAUUAACUUGGGUGUGUCUAAAUGUUUCUGUUAAUGUUUUAUAUAAAAGAUGGUUCCUUUAUUCUAUUU